UAGCGCAAUCCAAACAUGCUGAAGUAACCGUAUUCUUAUUUAGCACCCAAGUUCUCCCUUUCCCUCCAAACGAGUGUGACCGAACUGUGCGGUGGCGAAGGUUGUGGCGGUGAUCGGUAGAGCAGAUAAAGUAUUGCUGUAUGAUGGAGGAAAUCACCUUCGAGUGUGAUCUGAUUCAUUCCAUUUUGAAGCGCUUUUGGACACUGCGAGCCCUUGAGCGUGAAAAUGUUGAAGCUAACGACGCUCCGGACUCCGAGGUAGGAGUUGGAACAUCCAAGAAGAAUCGGUCAACUUCUGCUAAUGCCAAUGCUCUGAAGCUUACUAGUGAACUUCUCCGGAUUUUUAUCACAGAGGCUGUUCAACGUGCUGCUGCUACAGCAGAAGUAGAGGGUGCUAGUCAACUAGAACCUACUCAUUUGGAGAUUAUUCUACCUCAGUUACUUUUAGAUUUCUAAAGAAUUUGAAAUACUUAAAUGUAACUUCUACUUCCCUCCUAUCAUCAAUGUAGUAGAAAGGUAAUUAAUAUUUUUUUGGUGGUCCGAAGCUAUAUCAGAUGCAGCUAAUUCUUUCCAGGGACAUUGAAAAAGAAAAGGGCUGGGGUGAAAACUGUGGAGUACCUUUACUCGUUUCUUUCUAUUGCUCAAGUGUUUUUUAA